AUGGUUGUUUCGGGUAGCAUGUAUUAUUUCGAGCCGAAUUACAAUUUUGAAUACAUGAAUAAUUGGGUGAAUGAUGCGCUUCCGUGUGAGGACGAUAUCGUACGAAUGGAUCAGCAAAAAAUUGCCGUCACAAUGAUCAGUGAUGGGAUCAAAUUCAGUGAAAUGUUACUUCCGGAUGAUGGAAUCAUCUUUUUUGCACCGAAUACAGCGAUCGGCCAGAAAGCCAACUGGCAAUGUGAUAAAAGAGCGACACCUCAAGAUGCUUCGUUCAUAACUAAGCCAGCAGCAAGUUUCUUCAAUGGGUCGAACUGGAUGGCAUCUGUGGAGGGCAAAGAGACCGGAUUUUUCUUAAAUGCGCUUCAAGUCCCAUCUGCUGAGGUGAACACUCAUAACUUGUAUCCACCUGAAGCAAGGGAAAAAUUCAAGAGUUAA